AAUAACGAAAAACCACGCUAUUGUUAGAGACAAAAGGUUGUUUCAAAAACGGAAACCUUGGAUUAUGUUCUCCGUUCAGGAAGUUAAGGAAAAUCGUUUCAAGUGAAUUAUCGUUUAGAAAAGAACGUGCGAAGACUCACAUUCUGGUUUCCUGUGAGGCAAGACUACGCGGAAUUGAACACUGGUUGCAUGUAAGAUUGUUAGCCGGGUUAAGUAAAUUCUAGCGAUGCCGGCAAGUGAAGCUUCUAGUCGACGAAGUUCAAUGACUGUAACUGAUGUUAAAGCGGGGAUGACUCUCCUUGAUUCCAAAGGAACAAAAUCAGUUUCUAUCUACCCAAGGGUUCAUCAAGCGGGCACUCAAAGCGGAGUCCAUCCGAUGGUGCCGAAAAUCGCCAAUACGUACAAGCUCAGUCCUGACGCGGAUAAACGGUUUCGAAGCAAAGACGUGAAGGACGCCAUCGACAGCGUGUUGGAAAGCCGGCUGGAGGGUUUUUCUUACGAUGCGGAAAAAUGCAAGUUUUUACUACCGAGUAUAGCCGACGAAAUAAAAGACAGGGUCAAGGUGAUGGGUUUUGAUAGAUACAAACUUGUGUGUCUGGUGACCAUCGGAAAAUUGAACAACCAAGGAGUUCGAGUGGCCAGUCGCUGCCUCUGGGAUACUGCAACUGAUCGAUUGGCUUCAUCUUCGUUCUGCGGUGAAGACGUUUUUGCCUCAGCGGUUGUGUUCGGAGUUUAUCGAGAAUAGACGUCUUUUGCGUGAGUCUUAUGAGUGUUUGAAAGGGGAGGCAGGGGGGGUAGAAUUGUAUGCUAUCAACUUCCGCCUUUAAUAUAACAAAAAUCUUUUGAGCAACGAAUUUUUUCCAUAAUUAGUAAUAGUGCAGGCACGUUGGGUUGCAGUUUCUCAGUCAUGAGAUACAUAUUUUCCCACUUAACAUUUGGAAAUAUUAGGACCAGCUGAAGCUGCAACAAACGUGUAAACCCGAGCAGUUUACUGCAGACUCCAACGAUCAAAGGGCCAAUCGUAAAUAAUGACAUGAUCUGUAAAGAACUUCUGUACGCCCUUGACACUGUUUUCAAAGCUUUUGAGAAAUUCAGUGCACUCACGAAUAGACCACCCAGCAAAAAUGGAGCCAGAAGCAAAGUUGGAUACCUAAAAAAGCACCUUUUCUUUUAAUUAAACCGAACUUACACAAACGUUAAGGUCGCUAAGGACAUUUAAAUCUAAAACCCGCAAAUAUUAAACACUGAUCCUCAAUAAUGGCUAACCACAAAAUCCAAAACUAUAAUGCCCAAGCUUUUUAGCUUGUCAGGUAUGUCAUAGCGAAAGUAUAUUGUGUUAAGAGGCUCUUAUUUUACCGAAAUGAUUGUGAGAUACAUGGGAUUCCACCCCCCCCGGAUGAUAUGAGUGUGCAUCGCAUGAUAUUCAACGCACGAGUAGUCUUUAAGCUUUUCGUAUACAAGACACGUAGACAAAUUUUUGAGUGUGUGGAUAAAGUCCUGUUGUAUGACCAUUGAAAUGAAGCCUCUUAGCUCCUCUUCCCAUUUUACUAUUUGUAUUUACUAGAUGUCAAAGAAACAGUUACUUGUACUGAGGCGUGAAUGGGGUUCUUAGCGGUGUUCUUUAAUCUUGGUCUAGGCUUUACUUUAGCUGAAAUCUCUAUGAGGCUGUAUUUACUUAAGAAAACAAAAGCCAGAUCUUAAAUCUGGCUACAAGAGUUUAUUAGGGUCAAUCAUGCCACCCUGUUGCUAUGGAGGAAAGUGGACUUUAUACACCAGAAUUUAAUUAAAUAAAUUUAUGAGUUCAAGCAAUUUCUGUCAUCACUUAUGCACGAGUUAUUAGCUGAGAAGAGCUUUAGUUCUCUCUUCUGAGUGAAAAUAUAUGUUGUAUCAGUAUAUAUAACAGUGGCUUGAGCGGAAGCUAAUAUAAAAGGGGUUAAAUAUAUUUAGUUUGUUCUCAGAGGGAUUAUUGUUAUUUAUAUCUUAAGAUGCUUUUUAAUUAAAAUCAGUGAAGGAUAGCUGGAGUUUUAGUAAUCAAUACAUAGUAACUAUAGUAGCGUGUCCUUUUAUUAUGCAAUAUU